GAGCAGCAGUUGACGGAGCAGCUGGAGCACGUCCAACCAGCAGUCGACGGAGCAGCAGUUGACGGAGCAGCAGUUGACGGAGCAGCAGACAUCAUCAACAUGAAACUAGUGAUGCAGUUGUUGGUGGUGAGCCUGGCCGUCAUGGUCGGGUUAGUCCAAGCCAUGCCCAAGCCUGACCCUCAGUUUGGUGGACUUGGGUCUGGCUUAGGGGGCUUUUUCCCCCUGCUUGAAGGAAUUGGACAAGCAUUUGGUGGGCUUGGAAGAGGCUUCGGUGGGUAUGGAAAUGGCUUCGGUGGAUUUGGACGCGGAUUUGGCCGCGGAUUUGGUCGUGGAUUUAGACGCAGAUUUGGUGGCUUUGGACCCGGGUUUGGUGGCUUCGGACGCUGAAUAGAUCACGGAUGGUUCUUGGGGGUAGUCCUGACCUUGGCCCUACAUGUACCCCAGCCACUCUACGAUCGAGGGAUUCCUACACGUAAUCGUAUGCCAAAAGCAUGCCAGAACAGUCAACUAUGCCAACCAUAACACUUUCUGAAGCAUCAACAAUCUUGUAAAUAACAACAACAAGACAAUGUUUACUGGAAGGAACGAGAAUAAACUAAGGGAGAAAAUCCAGUAACUAAUCCUUCACCCUUAGUACCUUCAGGGGACGUCACUCUUGAAGACCCAGAGCCUACAGGGAUAUCAGCCACUACGGACGUCAUCCUCCAAGGACGUAACCCACCAGGGACGUCACCCUCCAGGGACGUCACCCUCCAGGGACGUCACCCUCCAAGGAUCAUCAUGUUCCAGGUACGUCACCCUCGGGUCCUGAGAAUUGAAAUUUCACCGGCAGAAAAGCUAAUCUAACUUCAUCUGGCCCUCAACACCACUGUUGCACAGGGAAUCUUUGAUUGUUUAGUAUGCAGCACUUGUAAGUAAAACCACAUUGAAUAAUAAAAACUAUCCUCCAAUGUGGUUGAAUAAUAAAAAAUAAUAAAUACUACUUGUAUACUAAAUACAAAUAUUACUUAUAAUACUAAAUACAUUGAAUAAUAAAAACUAUCCUGAUA